AAACAGCUAGCAUAGAUCUCGCGUUUUGACUGAACUCAGACACAAACUUUUCUUCAGAACCAGAGUAAAGUAGUAUUGCCCAGGCGUGCUGACCCGAUGAGCAAAAGGCGGUGGCCGUAGCCGCCGGCCAGGUCUCUCUCUUUCCUCCACCGACCACCAGUGCCCUGGGCCCUAUAAAACUGCCACGCCCAACCCCUACGGCAUCGUGUCGCCACGCCAUUACUCACCAGAGACCACACUCCUCUGCGCUCCGCACGCGUCGUGGCAUGCCCGAUCCGGGAGCAGUAAACUAACAAGGGAGUGAUCCAGCAGCAAGGGGAGAGGACGACCGCACCGAUAAGUUCUUGCUCUCCCCCGGUAGAUCCCUUCCUUCGCUCGCUGACUAGUCUUUGCUCCGGCUAGCUAAGCUUUGCUUGUCCGCUGCUCCAUGUCCAUGGCCACGAGAGCGAUCGCCGCCGCCACCGCCCGCCGGAGUGGGCUCGCCGCCGCGCUCUCCUCGUGCAGGCGCGGGGGAGCUCGGGGUUUGUCGCACAGCAGCACCCAGCUGCGCCGGGAGGAGGACCAGAGCGCGGACCGUCACGAAGAGGCGGCGGCGGUCACCGCGGCGCAGGUGGAGGCGUCGCUGAACCGCAAGAACGUGGAGGUGGUCCAGGGGGACCGGUCCUCGACGCUGCUCCCGGAUGAGGCGGUCGACGCGCUGGGCGGCGUGGGCGCCGAGGCCGACGACGCCUGGGUGCCCGACCAUGAGACGGGCGUCUUCGUCCCCGCCGAGGAGGCCACCGGCAACGGCAGCGGCAGCGGCGGUGACGGCCCGCACGAGCAGCCUGGGCCGUCGGUGCUGGACCAGGCGGUGUUCGUGCGCGAGGACAUGGAGGACGUCGAGAGGCCCGCCGUUGACAUGGCCAGAGCCGACGCCAAGUGAACGUCCACGCGCGCCGCCGCCGCCACCACCGUGUAGCCUUGGUGGUCUCAGGCUCUCAUCCCUGUAGCUGCAACUAGCAAUCGAGGACGAUAGCUUUAGCAAAUAAGCUUCCUUCCUAAUGGAAUAAAUCACUAGUCUCCUCUUUCUAGAA